AUGGCAGGACAAGAGGAUCUGGUGCAGCAAGAGAUUCACCAGGACUGGACGAACUGGAAGCUCAUCGAGCUCAUCACCAGCAGCAUCAAGAAAAUCGUGGAUUUUCUCAACUCAUUCGAUAUGUCUUGUUCAAGAUUCAUGACGCUAAACGAGAAACUGAAAGCCCUUGAAUGGAGAAUAGAGUACAUCAAAGCCCAGGUGACAAAAGGUGAGACUCUCACCUAG